AUGUAUCUCUUGGAGGCCGACUGUAUAGGACUGAGGCUAUCACCGGUGCAAGCUCCAUUCGUUGGCAUAAGUCUCGGCGGACACCACGCCAAAGGAUCAGAUGCAUCCAGCAGCAUUACGACAUCAUCAGUAAAACGAGGUGCCUCUAUUGUGGCUCAUGGGGGUAAUUCGCUUCUAUCCUUCAAGUACGUAUUGGUUCCUGCCUUUGAAGAUCUGACUGUCACUGAUCCUCUGGGUAAAUCCAGUCCAGAGCUUUGGGCGCCGACUGUAGAAUCCUACCAUAAUUGGCGUACAAUCCAGCAAGAAAAUAUCGUGGACCUGCCAACUCUGCUAUCGGAAUUCAAUGACGACAAGGACGAACAUAAAAAAGCUAUUGCAACCUUGCAGAGUUAUAUUCGGACACAACAAGAAGCUGCAAAACCAAAGGACAUGAUACGUGUUGUGAUUGGAAAUAGGUGGCGCACGCUUCCAGGCCAUGGAUCAUACCUGGCUCGCUGGGAGUUCUUUCUCUCUAGUUCGCGACCCGAUAUCGUGAAGCAAGUGACUGUCCGUCUCGACCCGACUUUCAUCAAGCCAAAACAUGUCUUCGUUCAUGCUCAAGGUGAAGACUACAUGAGACGCGUUUCUAUCACAGGAUCUACUUCAGGUGUUUUCACCAUCAUGGCAGAUGUCGAACUGAUAGAUGACUGGAACUGGAAGGACUGGAACUGGAAGGAGCAAACAUCCGACAUGAAGGGAAAUGUGGGGAAGCGUCGUUCAGGGAAAGAAAUGCGACUCUACUGGAGGUUGGGACCGAUGACCAGCAGGAAACGUCAGUGGCCCUGGCCAUUGAGAAACCAAAUGUGUCUCCUAAUGUUGGCCAACCUUGAAUUCGAGUGGUUGGGGUUGACCGUGAACCUCGGUCUUGUAUUGAGGUUACCAGCUCAACAUGUUCAGGCCUACAUGUCGGGAUGA